AUGUCUCCUAUGCAGGCAUUGAAGAGGGACAAGGACAUUGAGGAACUGGCUAAAAACGACAAGCCAAUCGGCAUGGAGGAGCCAGUGGCCACAAAGGAGUCGGCGACAGCUGAGGAGACGAAGCCUGUCAUUGACAUAUUCCUGAAUCCCCUAAGGCCAAACUUUUACAACAGCUCAUGCACCUCUGAGCCACAUGCUGAGGAAAGUACCACCGUGUAUCAGAAGGAAGUUUCAGCUGAGGUCGUGGAGAAGGAAAUUGCCCCUCCUACAGCAUCCAUAAACCCUUCCGUAGCUUCUUUGCAGCCUCUAUCAGCCAGACCUCACAGACCCAACCAGAUCCCCCCCACAACUACAUUAGUUCCUCCAGACUCUAUCCACCCUCGUGAUCCACACCUAAAUUCUACAUGCAGCAAGAGAAAUGUUCCUUAUUCAGUCGAAGCUGUGCUUGGAUUCCAGAAGCCUGAAGAAAAUCCCUUCACACUCCCCACACAGAUCCAAUCAGAUCCCCCCAGCACUACAUUAGUUUCUCCAUACCCAAUUAGUUUGUUUGAUCCUCGUCUGAAUAAGAGGCAGGCUUCUUAUUCAGUUGAGGCUUUCUCUACGGCCCAGAAGCCAGUGAAAAACCCCUUUUGCAGUCUCUUUGCAGGGACGAUCAGCCAGACCUCCACUACACCUCUCAUACAGACCUCUGCUAAUUCGCCCAUCAACACCCCAGGAUGUAAGGGACUAGCUUCUUAUUCAGUUAAGGCUGUUCUAAAGUCCCACAAGCCUGUGGAUAACCCCGUCCGCAGCCUCGUUGCAGGCCCCAUCACCCAGUUCUCUCGCCACCCUGAUAUACAGACCCAACUAGAUCGUCCUAGCACUACAUUAAAUCCUCCAGACUCCAUUCGGCCCCCUGAUCCUCCUUCAGUCUAUAAGAGGCCGGCUUACUAUUCAGCUAAAGCUGUGCUUGGAUCUCCUAAACCUUUGAAACCAUCCUUCAGCAGCCUCUUUGCAGGCCCCAUUAGCCAGACAUCUCCCCAACCUCCCACACAGACCCAACCAGAUUCCCCUAGCGCUAUAUUUGGUCCUUCAGAUUCUGCGCCUCCUGCAGCCUGUAAAAGGCCGGCUUCGUAUUAUGUUACGGCUGUGCUUGAGCCCGAGAAGCCUGUGGAAAACCCCUUCUGCAGCCUUUUUGCAGGAAUCAUCAGCCAGACCACUCUCGACCCUCCCUCACACUCGCAAAACUCCCCAGGUUGUAAGGCACCAGCUUCUAACAAGCCCAUGGAAAAACCCUUCCUUAGCCUCUUUGCAGGCCCCAUCAGCCAGACAACCCUCCCUGACCCUCCAACACAGACCCGGCCUUAUCCCCCAAUAGUCGAGCCUAAACCGGAGGUGCCAGACCCAACACGGCUCACCGAGCCAUCCACAACCCAUUCUGUUCUGAGGACCCUCUUCCUAUGCCUGAGCCCAUGCCGCCAUGAGGGGGAGCAGGCGAUCAGUAACAGCUGCAAAGAUCCAGGAGGCGAUGGCCUGUGUUCCAGUGAAGACAAAAUCACCAGAGGAUCUACUUCCACAGGACAGCAGCGGCAGAGCCAGGAGGUGGUUGAGGAGCCGGAGAGUGAGCGUGAGGAGCCGGAGAGUGAGCGUGAGGAGCCGGAGAGUGAGCGUGAGGAGCCGGAGAGUGAGCGUGAGGAGCCGGAGAGUGAGCGUGAGGAGUGCCUUCUGAGGGAUGAGCUGUUGGUGAUUCCAUUAGAACCAUUAGUGCCUUACGUGCCACUUGGUGACCCUUGCCAGGCUGAUAUCACCCUACCACGGUCCACCUUGGCCCGGGACGUGGUGUGGUCCUUUGAAGACCUUGCCCCUCUUCCUCCCCCCUCACUCAAUCAACAGCCGUCUGUCCCUCUGGCCUCCCCCUCUACUGAGAGAACAUCAGGUCCUGCUGUUGGACUGUCCAGCCCUGCAGGACUCAGGCCACAGCCUUCCCCACAGGACUCCAACUCUCAGGAGGCUGCAGGAGAGCAUCUCAUUCCCUCCAGGAAUUCAGGUAGGAGUCGGGUCCAGGUGGAUACCCCCGGCGUUCACAACCUUCCAAUCCAAGCGAUGGUACGGAUCACUCGACGUAACACUGAUGUACAACCACAGCGACUGUCUGGACAAAUGAGGGGCAAAAGUGACAACGUGGGUGACAAAAAAACACUGAAAGACCUUUUUAAGACUUUUGACCCCACAUCAUCUCCCUUCAGACAGUAACUGCAUUUGGACUAUGGAUCAUAUUGUAUGCACUGUCGGUCAAUGGACUACACACCAAGACUUACACAAACACUUGGCCUUCAUAUGAAUGCUUUUGCUCUAGUGUAUUUUCCUGCUAACAGAUCAGAACAGCAAUUCAUUGCAAAAAAUUAUUGUGUAAAAUGCAAGAAAACAAUUACGCGCGCGCACACAACCCUCCUUAACUCCAUUUGAUAAAAUGUGUUCCUCCCAUUGAUAUCAUUACUUAGCAACAGCUAAUGUUACUGAUGAAUUGUCAGCCUAGUCUGUCUUGGUGAGAAUUGUUUAGGGAUUUUCUUAGAUGAGGCAUGUUGUUUUACAGAAUAAAAUGUAUAUUAUUGAUUAUUUAAGGUUAUAAAAACGAAUGGCAUUUCAUUUUUAUUAAAUCAGAAAGUAACAUAUUGGAACAAUUAGUUAACUAGUAACAACUAACCGUUGCCCUCUUCCUCCACUGCUGCCGACUACAUUUCCUCUUAUUUGAUGAACAAUGGAAUGUUAUUACCCUGAACUGAUUCUUAUUCUCAUGUGGAAAAUGUAAUUAUGUAAACUAAUUCUGCACCA